UGAUUGGACAGCUGCUGGCAGUAGUUUAGCGCCAAUUUCGAGGACAGCUGCCAGCCGAGGAAGAUGUUUGUUAGUGACCUAAGGAAGGAAUUUUACGACGUUAUUGUGACUCAGCGCGUUCUUCUUCUUGUUGCCCCAGAUGUCGAUGCUCUAUGCGCGUGCAAAAUACUGCAGGCCUUAUUUCAGUGUGAUCAUGUGCAGUACACUUUGGUCCCAGUGUCUGGCUGGCAGGAGCUUGACACCGUAUUCCUUGAGCAUAAAGAACAGUUUCGAUAUUUUGUACUUAUAAACUGCGGUGCAAACAUUGAUCUACUGGAAACCUUACAGCCACAAGAAGAGACAGUCUUCUACAUAUGUGACACUCACAGGCCAAUUGAUGUGGUGAAUGUUUACAAUGAUAGCCAGAUCAAGCUGCUGAUCAAGCAGGAUGAUGAUCUUGAGAUCCCGAACUAUGAUGACAUCUUCCGUGAUGAUGACGAUGAAGAGGGAGAGGAUUCUGGGAAUGAAAGCGAUGGAUCUGAGCCAUCUGGAAAGAGAAGGCGCUUUGAUGAGGGUGCAGUGGAAAGGAGGAUAGAUAAGCGCCGUCAGAGAAGGGAGUGGGAGGCACGCAGGCGAGAAAUACUUUUUGACUAUGAACAGUAUGAAUACCAUGGGACAUCUUCCGCCAUAGUAAUGUUUGAACUGGCUUGGAUAAUGUCUAAAGAUUCAAAUGACAUGUUGUGGUGGGCAAUCAUAGGGCUGACUGACCAGUGGGUUCAAGACCGAAUCACACAAAUGAAAUAUGUAACCGAUGUGGGGACUUUACAGCGUCAUGUCUCCCGACAUAACCACCGCAAUGAAGAUGAAGAAAACUCGCUCUCCAUUGACUGCAUGAGGAUAGCCUUUGAAUAUGAUUUGCGCCUCUUCUUGUAUCAGCAUUGGUCGUUAUAUGAAAGCAUCUGCAACUCCUGUUAUACAUCCUCCAGUCUAAAACUUUGGUCUGUGCAAGGUCAAAAAAAACUUCAAGAAUUUCUAGCUGACAUGGGGUUACCUCUGAAGCAAGUGAAACAAAAAUUUAACUCCAUGGACAUAUCGUUAAAAGAAAAUCUUCGGGAAAUGAUAGAAGAAUCGGCAAACAAGUUUGGGAUUAAGGAUAUAAGGGUGCAAACGUUUAGUGUGCAGUUUGGAUUCAAGAACAAGUUCCUGGCCUCAGACGUUGUGUUGGCUGUAAUGUCUCUCCUAGAAAAUACAGAGAGAGACGAACAAGGAAGAGACAAUUUUAUUCAGGCUUUAGAUAGUCUGUCCAGAAGCAAUCUGGAAAAACUCCAUCUUGGCCUGGGUCUGGCAAAGAAGAUGCUCCAAGCUGUUCAGCAGAUUGUAGCAAGCUGCGUUUGCACUAAUCUCAUUUUAUCACAGGGCCCUUUCCUGUAUUGCUAUCUCAUGGAGGGUACUCCCGAUGUCAAGAUGUUCUCUAAACCAUUGUCCCUCUGCCUUCUCUGUAAAUACUUGUUGAAAUCCUUUGUGUCCUCUACAAGAAACAAGCGCUGUAAAAUUCUCCCCCUGGUGCUGGCUGCCCCUCUGGAUGUUGAUAUGGGAACCGCGAUCGUGGUGGGCAUACCACCAGAAGCAGAAACGUCAGACAAAAAAAAUUUCUUUGGCAGGGCAUUCGAAAAAGCUGCAGAAAGCACCAAUUCUCGUACUCUCCACAAUCAGUUCGACAUGUCUAUUAUAGAAUUAAGGACAGAGGAUCGCAGCAAAUUUCUGGAUGCCCUUAUCUCUCUGCUAUCAUAAGUUCCCUGUGCGUUGCUUAAGGACUCUGAGGCUGCUGUACGAACUGUUGCUAUUUGUAAAUGAACGCUUUUUAUCUGUAUAUUUUUAACACGUCCCUUUUUAUGUCGGUUAAAUUAUUCAUGUGGUUUUUAGAAUGUAAUCAAUAAAAUGUAACCUUACUCUUUACUGAAUUUUCAAAAAUGUAAAUAAAAAUGAAAUGUUUGGA